UUUUGCAUACAUAGCCCUGGAGUAUAAAAUGCUUGUGCCUCACAGGACGGGUGUGGAGCAGGAGAGAUUAAAGGGAAGCAACUUCCAUACAGAAGACCAUCUCCUUGCAGAUUUGGAAAACUCUCUCACAAAGACACGAAGUGUUCCAACAUCACUCAAAACAAGAUUUCAGCAGUGCGAAGUAAAAUUGUAAAUAAGGUAUAAAAAUGCUGUGCCCAUGGCAGUUUGCAUUCAAACCUCAUGCUGCUAAGAACCGGUCCUCCAAAGUGACGGAUAUCAAUAAUAACGUGGAGAAAGAUAUGAAGAUCAAUGGCUUAGUGAAAGAUGAUGCCAAAUUGCACGAUCUAAUCAAGAAGCAGAAAGAGAAGCUGCCUAUCGUAACUUCAGCAGAGAAACCCCCAGAAAAUGGUAUCAAAGCUUCAAACCAAAUAUCAAGAUGUCCAAGACAUGUAAAAGUAAGAAACUUGGAAAAUGGAUCCAGCUUUCUUGACACACUACACCUGACAGCAAAGGAGGUUAUCAAUUGCCGCACCAAAGCAUGCCAAGGGGCACUUAUGACCCCAAAGGGCUUGGUGAGGGGCACUAGAGAUGGGCCAGUUCCUCAGGCAGAGCUUUUACCUCAGGCAAUAGACUUUGUCAAGCAGUACUACAGUUCAUUUAAAGAGUCAAAAAUAGAAGAACACCUGGCCCGACUGGAAGCAGUGACCAAAGAGAUAGAAACAACAGGAACCUACCAUCUGACACAGGAUGAACUGAUCUUUGCUGCCAAACAGGCCUGGAGGAAUGCUCCGAGAUGUAUUGGGAGAAUCCAGUGGUCCAAUCUACAGGUAUUCGAUGCACGUGACUGUAAAACAGCCAAGGAAAUGUUUGAGCAUAUCUGUCGUCAUGUUCAGUAUGCAACAAACAAUGGAAACAUAAGGUCAGCCAUCACUAUCUUCCCACAGAGGACUGAUGGGAAGCAUGAUUUCCGUGUUUGGAACAGCCAGCUCAUCCGAUAUGCUGGAUAUCAAAUGCCAGAUGGGUCUGUCCUAGGAGACCCUGCAAGUGUGGAGUUCACAAAGUUGUGCAUUGAUCUUGGGUGGAAGCCGAAAUAUGGCCGCUUUGAUGUAGUUCCACUCAUUCUCCAAGCAAACGGCCAAGAUCCAGAAAUAUUUGAAUUCCCGCCAGAAAUUAUCCUUGAAGUGCCAAUGGAGCAUCCAAAGUAUGAAUGGUUUAAGGAGUUAGAUCUGAAAUGGUACGCGCUGCCUGCUGUUGCCAACAUGCUCCUUGAGGUGGGAGGCCUGGAAUUUACUGCGUGUCCUUUCAAUGGCUGGUACAUGGGGACAGAGAUAGGAGUGCGAGACUUCUGUGAUGUGCAGCGGUACAAUAUCCUGAAGGAGGUAGGAAGAAGAAUGGGACUGGAAACAAACAAACUUUCAUCACUAUGGAAAGACCGAGCUGUUGUAGAGAUAAAUGUGGCUGUGCUUUAUAGCUUCCAAAAACAAAACGUUACUAUCAUGGAUCACCACUCAGCUGCUGAAUCCUUCAUGAAAUAUAUGCAGAAUGAGUACCGUGUGCGAGGAGGCUGCCCCGCUGACUGGGUGUGGAUUGUACCUCCUAUGUCAGGGAGCAUAACUCCCGUGUUCCACCAGGAGAUGUUGAACUAUGUCCUCACUCCCUUCUUUUACUACCAGGUGGAUGCAUGGAAAACACACAUCUGGCAUGAUGAGUCUCAGAGGCCAAUGAAAAGAGAAAUAAAAUUGAGUGUCUUGGCAAAGGCUGUACUCUUUGCAUCUUCACUCAUGCAAAAAGCAAUGGCAACAAGGUCCAAGGUCACUGUGAUCUAUGCAACAGAGACUGGGAAAUCUGAAACACUAGCCAACAAUCUGUGCAGCUUGUUCAGCUGUGCCUUCAACACUAAGAUUCUGUGCAUGGAUGAAUACAACAUCAGUGACCUGGAAAAAGAAACGCUUCUUUUAGUGGUUACUAGCACUUUUGGAAAUGGAGAUUCUCCAAAUAAUGGAAAGACAUUGAAGAACUCCUUGCUCACCCUGAAAUUGCUGGAAAAGAAAAUUAGAUAUGCCGUGUUUGGUUUGGGAUCUACCAUGUAUCCUGAAUUCUGUGCCUUUGCUCAUGCCAUUGACCAAAAACUGGCCCAACUAGGGGCUUCACAGCUCAUUCCAAUAGGUGAAGGAGAUGAACUCAAUGGGCAAGAAGAAGCCUUUCGCACAUGGGCAGUCAGUGCAUUCAAGACUGCCUGUGACAUUUUUAACAUCCGUGGGAAAAACAGUAUUCAGUUGCCUAAGAUGUAUACCUCAGAUGAAAUCUGGAAUCCUAAGAAAUACAGGAUACUGCAUGAGUCUCAAACCAUGGACUUGGCUAAAGCACUUACAAACAUUCAUGGAAAGGAUGUAAUUCCCAUGAAGCUGAAAUUCAGACAGAAUCUUCAGAGUUUAAAAUCCAGUCGCGUUACCAUUCUAGUUAAGCUUUCCUGUGAGACUAAUCAGGAAGUGCGCUACCUGCCCGGAGAACAUAUUGGGAUUUUCCCAGGCAACCAGCCAGAACUGGUCCAUGGCCUCAUUUCACGUGUUAAGGAUGCCCCUCCAGCUGAUCAGACUGUCAGACUUGAAACCUGCACUGAAGGUGGCUACUGGACAAGUGACAAAAAGAUUCCAGCCUGCACACUCUCCCAAGCUUUGACAUAUUUGCUUGAUAUCACUACUCCACCCUCCCAACAACUGCUAAAAAAGAUUUCCCAGCUGGUAACAGCAGAAGGAGACAAACAGAGACUGGAAGUUCUAUGUCAUAACACAGAAGAAUACAAUAAAUGGAAGUUUUACAACAGCCCAAACAUCCUGGAGGUCCUGGAAGAGUUUCCUUCUGCUGAAGUCUCAACAGCUUUCUUGUUGACUCAGCUGCCGUUUCUGAAACCCAGGUACUAUUCUGUCAGUUCUUCCUGUGACAUGACGCCCAGAGAGAUUCAUCUGACAGUUGCAGUAGUCAAUUACAGGACAAGAGAUGGACAAGGGCCUUUGCAUCAUGGAGUUUGCAGCACAUGGCUGAAUAAAAUAAGUCUCAAUGAAGUAGUGCCAUGCUUUGUGCGCAGUGGUAACGGAUUCCAGCUCCCAAAGGAGCCAACCAAGCCCUGCAUUCUGAUCGGCCCAGGAACAGGAAUUGCUCCAUUCAGAAGUUUCUGGCAGCAACGUCUCUAUGACUUGGAAAAGAAAGGGAUCAAAGGUGGUGACAUGACAUUAUUGUUUGGCUGCCGGCAGCCAGACAUGGAUCAUAUCUACAGAGAAGAAACAGAAGAAAUGAAGAGGAAAGGAGUUCUGAAAGAAGUUUUUACAGCUUACUCCAGGCAACCUGGCCAAGCUAAAGUCUAUGUUCAAGACAUUCUUCAAAACAAGUUGGAAGCCAAAGUGUGCAAUCUCUUGCAUAAAGAGGAUGGACAUCUGUAUGUCUGUGGAGAUGUACGCAUGGCCAGGGAUGUUGCUCAGACUUUGAAAGGGAUACUUGUAAAAAAACUGAACCUCACAGAGCAGCAGGCAGAAGAGUAUUUCUUCGAGCUGAAGAGCCAAAAACGUUACCAUGAAGAUAUAUUUGGGGCUGUGUUCCCACAUGAAGUCAAAAGAGAUGUAAAAGCUUUGCAACCCAUCAGUCCAAGCACAAAUUAACAGACAUCUUAAACCAUAAUUGCACAUUUGAUGUUAUUUUCAAAGAUCAAGGGGUCAAAUUCUCUUCCUUAUUCAUGUUAAAUAACACACACAUAUCUGACUGUAGGAUUUGACUUCUAAAUCUUAGCCUUAAGUAAGAAAAAUAUGAAAUAUAACUUUUUUUUUUUUCUAUUUAUUCUGGGACUUCUUUUAAUUAUCUGAAUAGUGAAGAUGAAAAAUAUUUUUUUAAUUCUGUCUAGGCUAGUACACAUCUACUGUCUUUUGUAAAUAUAAAAAAUAUAAAACCUGCUCACGAGGAAAAUAGAGUGGUUUUUACUAUGAACUAGAAGUAAUUUUUUUUAUUUGUUUUUAAAUGGACUAUUUAUCUGUGUGGAUUUAUUUAUAUUGUUUUACUGUUUUAUGUUCACUUUAAAGCAAGAAAAUGAAUGGUUGUGUCACUUGGAAAUAUCUAGUGACACCUCUUGUUGAAUCUGAAGCAGUACUUGCAAAUGUGGUAAUAAUAUAAUGGCUCAUAAGUGGAAAUACCUGCUGCAUACACUUCAGAUGUAUCCACAUGAGGACGUAGCAGUUUUGAUUUCUGCUUUAUGCGAUUCAGAUGUAUCAACCUGAAUUGUCGUUGUCACAGGGCCUGUGCCAGUGAGACUCAGAAAAUUCCAAAGCACUUUGUACAUUUGAAUUGUUUGCUCUGACUUACUUGAUUUGUUUGCAAUAAAAGACACCUUUAUGUUGAGACAAACAA